UACUAAGUAAGCAAGGCGCAGCCAGUGCUACGUCAUGACCGUGCGACAGAGAGCGGCUGCCGGCGCUGGAUGUAGACGUCAACGAUGUAAACAAAACAUGGCCGCCUCCUGGAGCAGGGACGGCAGAGAGAGCCGCAGCGCGGAGGAUGGGGCCCGGUCCCCAGAUUGGACGCCCAGCAGUUCUCCAGAGGACGAGGACAAGAUCUCCCAGCUGUGCCCGGGGCUGCUGCGGCUGCCCGGGGAGCUCCUGGAACUUAUCCUGUGCUCUGGGGACCUGGAUCACAGGGACAUCACCAGUGUCAGCUGUACGUGCCGGCGGCUGAGAGAAGUGUGUGCGGGCCUGGGCAAGGUCUGGCGGAAGCAGCUGUUUGCCCGAUGGCCAUCUAUUAUGAAGUUUUAUAACCAUAUGGACUUUCUGGACUGGUUGGAAGAGUUUAAGACCAGGUACAAUGCUGGCAUAACCACACAAAGGAUAGUUUCUUCGUUCUCAAAGGAGCUGAUCAUAGAGCGUCGUGUUCCUUGUGAAAAUGUUUGUGAUCUUGAGACUUUGGGCUACCCCGCACAUUUCAUUGAAGAUGAGUUAUUGUCCAUCCUCAAUAUUAAAAGCGGGAAGUUUUUGACACAGAAGUACUGUGCAAAGAAAAUCCUGUAUUUCAUGCGGAAAGAGGCUACCAUAUGUAAAUUGAAGGAAUUUCUCCAGAGACCUCUAGAUCAGCAAGACCUCUUAGAAGGUGCUGUUCUCAUUGAUCAGUACUGUAACCCUCUUGAAGGUGUGAGCCUUGAAAGUAUUCGAGCACAGGUAGAUGAUAUCUUGGGGAAGGUGAAAGCUCACUUGAGUGUGAAGAACAGUAGGCAUCCCAGUUUGUCCCUGCGGGCGGGUGAAACAUCCAGCUCAGAAGAUAUUGAUUUACAAGGGCAAGCUCUGGAUGCCCUGAAUCAUGUUCUCUUCACGGAGAUGAAAUUUAAAGGAAAUGUUGCUGACUUUUAUAACCCUCUCAAUUCCUACAUGCACCAGGUUCUAAUAAGUAGGACUGGAAUCCCCAUCAGCCUCUGUGUAUUAUAUCUCACCCUCUCUGAACGGCUAGGAGUGCUUUUGGAGCCAGUGAACUUUCCUCACCACUUUAUGCUCAGAUGGUGCCAAGGUGCACAGGGGAGUUCAGACAUCACGGACUAUGUGUAUGUGGAUGCAUUUGGAAAUGGCAAAUGCCUGACUGCAAAAGAAUGUGAAUAUAUGAUUGGACAACAUGUGACAGAGGAGUUCUAUGCCGCUGUCAGCACAAAGGAAGUCCUACAACGCAUGGUGGGAAACCUUCUUAACCUUGGAAAGAGGGAGAGCAAAGACCGGAGCUUCAUGCUGCUCAGAGUCUCCUUGGAUCUGUACCUGACUAUGUAUCCGGACAGUGUGCAGCACCUAUUGCUACAGGCCAGAUUGUAUUUCCACCUGGGGUUAUGGCCUGAAAAGGUCUUGGAUAUCCUGCAGACCAUUCAAGCCUUGGACCCUUCGCAGCAUGGUGCUGUGGCAUAUCUAGUCCAGCAUACUUUGGAGCAUAUAGAGAGACGUAAAGACGACUGGGGUCCAGUUGUGCAGCUGAGGUCCAGUGAGAAGGAAGUGUCUUAUUCCGUAGGACUUAUAGUGCGGCACAAGAGGUUUGACUACAGCGGCGUUAUCUUCAGUUGGGAUCCAAUAUGUAUGAUGCCACCAGACUGGGUUGAAGGCCUGGGUAUACAGCCUCUCCCUGACAGAGCAAUCCAGCCUUUUUACAGCGUGCUGGUGGAGGAUGGCUCCUGUAGUUAUGUCGCACAAGAAAAUCUUGAACCACAUCCAGCUCCAGAACAAAUCCUGCACCCAGACAUUGGCCUUUACUUCUCAGAAUUUGCAGGAAAUCAUUAUAUUCCUAAUAAAGAACUACAGGUUCAAUACCCAGAAGAUACUGACUUCAUCAAUCAACAACUUCCCCAGCUGGAACUAUGAAUUAAUGUUUAAACAAAGCAUUACUGUUAAUUGUAUUAAUAUACUAUUUAAUUUAUUAUAUAUGCACAUAUAUAGGGGCAUAGUCAAUAGGAGUCGGAUCCAUUCCGACAUGCAGUUGUCUGAAUGGAUCCGACAACCCCUAUUCAAUGGACGGCCAAAUCCAACUGUCUGAUUUGGCCGUCCUGUCAGGCCGCUGCUGUCAGCGGCUGCGGAUGCGCUGACAGCAGCGCCCAGGGGAGCAGAGAUCGGCGGCCGUGAGCGAGAGGGGCUGGCUGCAGGGGACAUGUGUGGAGCGCAGGAGGAGCUGGCAGCAGGAAGAGAGGUGCUGCGGGAGGAGCAUUGAUCGGCAGUAGGUGCUGGCAGCGGGGGGACAUGUCUGCG